GAGGAUUCAGUGUCUCAGCAGCUGGGAAGCUUAAAGAACCUACCGGGUGAAAGGGAUGCUGUCAUAACAGCAUUCAGGCCUGCUUCUUUAGCUUAAUGUAGGUUGAAAUAUAAGUGUCAAGUGGAUUUCACUCAAGCCACCACAUGCAAGACUAUGGAGAGACUGACUUUAACAACGGGGAGAAGAGGACCGAGUAAUGAUUGUGACACUGGCCAAAAUGCAAAUGCCCAUGGAGGUAGGGGAAGAAGACAAAGAAGUGCACAGAAAGACCAAGCAAGAGGACGAGAGGGCAGAAGAAGAACAGAGGAGACAGAUGGAGGAGGAGGAGGAGGAGCUGAAGGGCUUAAUUGGAGGGGCAGAGGAAGAGCAGAAUUAGGGAGAGGAGAAGAAAGAGGUGCAGGUAAAGAGAAAGACAGAGGUGGAGGUGAAGGGCUGCGAGGGAGAGGAAGAGGCAGAGGUGGAGGUGAAGGGCUGCGAGGGAGAGGAAGAGGCAGAGGAGGAGGAGGAGGAGCAGCAGAUGGAAGGAGAGGGGACGAAAGAGUUGUGGGAAGAGGAGGCGGACAGAGUGGGGGAGGGGGAAGGAGAGGUGGAAAUGGAUGGCAUAGUGUAGACAGACAAAUGGGUAGAUUAGGAAGAAAUGGAGAGCCAGACACACCGGAAAGAAAAAGAGCAGGAAGGGAGUUUGCAGAAAUGGGUGUAAGGAGAGGAGGUCAUAGUGUGGACAGACGAGGAAGUAGAGGGGGUGAGAGAAAAGACCAUGAGGGCGACAGACAAGAGCAUGAUGAAUGGCGAUUAUAUUCUACAGGCAGAGUCAGGACACCACAGGGCUGUGGCCUGGGGUAUAAAACACUGGAAGAACUCUCUGGGAAAGAGCCAUCUGUAGUGGCCAUCACCCUGUCCUCUAACCAAGCCCUACAAGGUGUCCUGAGUGACACAAAAAUGAGGCAGGACCUUGUUGAACUCCUCUGUCUAGUGAUGAGUAAAGCCUUCAAAUCAUACACCAGCAGAGCCACUCUGCAGCACCUGGCUGGCAUCAUAAAGGAUUCAGGGUUUUUCCGGACCGUCCUGCCCCACUAUCUAGUUGGUAUGGUGUCAGAGUUCAACCCUGUCCGCAGGGCACAGUACCCACGGCAACUAGAAAACAUCCUGGCUAUUCUCUCACAGGUGCUCAACAUUUUUCCUGCUAGCUCAGUCCAGGCAGUGAGUUUGCUACUGACACUGCUCCAAGCCUCCAUCAACAACCUGAGGACAUCGGGAGUGGAAAUCCAGCCUCAGAUGGAGGAGACCGUUGAAAAUCUGCAGGGCCUCAUCCAGCACCUCCAGGAGAGAUCCAGAGACGGUACCCUGCGCUCAGACAGAGACACCUACGCCCUCCUACCCAAUGAAGAUAACAACCCAGGUGAAGAACAUCAAGAUUUCAGGGACUUACCGAUCUACCCAACACCUGAGGAGUUCCAGCAGGACCACAGGCCCUUUCUUAGGCCCAACCUCACCUCUCAGCGCUACACAAACACCCACCUCUACCUUGACACUCACUUCCGAUUGCUGAGAGAAGACUUUGUGCGACCACUCCGUGAGGGCAUCCAGCAAUUGCUCCAGAACCAAAUGGCCCAGGGAAGGAGUGAUAAGCCACUGAGGACAAAGCGCUUUGAUGAUAUUCACAUAUAUUUUGACGCACGGCUGGUUGUGCCCAAGUGCACGCAGACCGGUGUUGCCUACGUAGUCCAGUUUGACAUUGAGCCACUUAAGUUUGUGCGCUGGCAAAAUUCCAAGAGGCUGCUCUAUGGUUCCCUGGUCUGCCUAUCCUGUGAUAAUUUUGAGAGCUUCUUGUUUGCCACAGUAUCAGAUCGGGACCCCAAGAACCUGGAGCACGGGCAGGUCCAGAUUACCUUCACUGAAGAAAGCAGAUUGAAGCUGGCCAGAAUUGAGAAAGAUCAAGUGUUUCUCAUGGUAGAGACCACGGCCUACUUUGAGGCCUAUCGUUAUGUCCUGGAGGGCCUCCAGAAGCAGGAGGAGGACAGCCUGCCCUUUCAGAGGUAUAUUGUGGAGUGCAGCACAGAUGUGCUACCCCCAGCCUAUCUGCAAAGAAAAGACAUAUAUGACCUGUCCUCCGUUGCUAAUCCUGACUGUAAGGACAGCAUACUGCCCUUUCAUAGCAUGGAGGCAGGGACCUGGCCGAGCAUGGAGAAGCUGGGACUUGAUGAGUCUCAGAUGAAGGCCUUCCAGCUGGCUAUCACAAAGGAGCUGGCCAUCAUCCAGGGACCUCCUGGUACUGGAAAAACCUAUGUCGGCCUUAAGAUUGCUCAGGCUCUGUUGACCAAUCAGAAUCUUUGGAGAGAUGAAAAUGGCAUGGCUCCGAUGCUGGUAGUGUGUUACACUAACCAUGCCCUGGAUCAGUUUCUUGAGGGAAUCCAUACUUUUCUGCGAGAUGGCAUAGUGAGAGUAGGCGGCCGUAGCAACAGUGAGAUCCUGAAGCGUUUCAAUCUGAGGGAGCUGGCCCACUCACGCGACUUAAGAUACAGACCGCCAUCUCACCUGCGUACUGCAUAUAAUGAGAUUUACAAGCUGCUGUGUCAGGAGGAGAGGACAAUCAACAGGCAGAGUGUGAUGCUAGCGUGUUCUCUGAAAGGUGUCCUUCGUGAAAGCUUUUUAGAGCGCUUCAUUUCUGACAGACACUGGAACAGUCUGCACUGCCCACCUGUGCCACCUAUGGAGGAUGAUUUUAGCUGCAGUCAGAAGCCUCCCAGUCUGAUAAUGGAGUGGUUGGGUUUGGGUUGCACCGUCUUCCAGCAGAGGGGGACAGAGAAUGCAAACAUAAAUGGAGAUGUAGCACCAGAGGACAUGAUGGAGGUGGACGAAGAGGAUCUCAUUGAAAUUGAGGAGGAGGCAGAUCUAAUCCAGGCAGAGCGGAUUAUUGAAGGCGACACUGGUCGCAGAGAUGGCAGAGAUGGCGGAAAGAAGGGAGACAUGGAAGAGGCUGUCCACGCAAUGGAAGAACUGAUGCUGGCUAUGAACCUGGAUAAUGCUCAAAAACAGGUUGAGCAGAGCGAGGACGGUUUUCAGAUGCAACCGAAGCAGAGGAAAAAGAUGAAGAACAAAAUCAGAAAUGAGCUAGGGAAGAGCUCAGCCAUGACAAAGGAGGAGGAAGAUAAUGUCUGCGAUGUUUGGAUGCUCGGGCUGCCAGACAGAUGGAGACUCUAUCGGUUGUGGGUGGCACGUUACACUGUAGAGCUUCGCACCAAAGUCAUAGAGUCUGAACAGGACUAUCAGAAUAUAGCGGACAGACUGGUUGAUGUAAAACAACAACAGGACCUUUGCAUCCUCAAGAAAGCCACGGUUAUUGGCAUGACGACAACAGGGGCAGCCAAAUUUCGUACAGUGCUACAGGAAGUGCGUCCACGUGUGGUGAUUGUAGAAGAGGCUGCAGAGGUUCUCGAGGCCCACACCAUCACCACGCUGAGCCAGGCAUGCCAACACCUCAUCCUUAUUGGAGACCACCAGCAGCUGCGCCCCAGUGCCACAGUAUAUGACCUUGCUAAGAACUUCAACCUGGAGAUGUCCAUGUUUGAGAGGCUGGUGAAGAUGGGACAUCCUUUUGUCAGGCUUAACUACCAGCAUCGUAUGAGACCAGAAAUUGCCCGUCUUCUGACCCCACACAUCUACUCAGAACUAGAAAACCAUCCCUCUGUGCUGGACUAUGACAAUAUCAAGGUAUAUAAUAACAACUUGUUCUUUGUGGAGCACAGCUACCAAGAACAAGAGAUCAAAGAUGGGAAAAGCCAUCGGAACCAACAUGAGGCGAUGUUUGUAGUUGAGCUUUGCCGCUAUCUUCUCUUACAGGAUUACAAACCAGAGCAAAUUACCAUCCUCACAACCUAUACCGGCCAGCUCCACUGUCUGCGCAAUCUCAUGCCUGCAAGUCACUUCUCAGGGGUCAAAGUACAUGUAGUGGACAAGUAUCAGGGAGAAGAGAACGAUAUUGUCUUGUUGUCCCUGGUCCGCAGCAACAAGCAGGAUAAAGUUGGCUUUUUGAACAUACCAAAUCGAGUCUGUGUAGCCUUGUCUCGUGCCAAGAAAGGGCUCUACUGUAUUGGCAACAGUACAAUGUUGGGCCAAGUCAAACUGUGGAGCAACAUUUUCCACACUUUGAGGGAGGCGGCGCAGAUUGGGAAGGCUCUAACUUUGUGUUGUCAGAAUCAUCCAAAACAAGAGAUAAAAGCAUCUUGUGCUGAAGACUUCAAACAAGCUCCUGAGGGGGGCUGCAAUCAGUCUUGCCAGUUCCGUUUGGAUUGUGGUCAUGUUUGUGCUAGAGCCUGCCACCCCUACGACCCUGAACACAAGAAGUACAAGUGUACCAAGAAGUGUGAGAAGAUUUUAUGUGAUCUGGGACACAGGUGCACAUUUGUGUGUCAUAAAAAAUGCCCAGAGAAAUGUUCAGUGAAGAUUGAGAAGAUCAUACCCCAGUGUGAACACAUACAGAUGGUUCCUUGCCACCAGGACCCAAGCACAUUUGUAUGCAAGGAGCCUUGCCAGAAAAUGCUAAGGUGUGGACAUCUAUGUGAUUCACUCUGUGGCGAACCGUGCACCACUCAAUGCAAAGUGAAGGUCACCUUAAACCUAAAGUGUGGCCACAGCCAGGCUGGUGCCUGCUUUUAUAAAACACAGACAGUGGGGCCUGAAUGCAAGACCCCAUGUGAGCACCAGCUAAAAUGUGGCCAUGCCUGUCGUGGCAGCUGUGGCAAAUGUUAUCAGGGACGCUUUCAUUUCCCAUGUUUACACCAGUGUGAGCGUCUCCUUAUUUGCUCUCACAAGUGCAUGGAACCUUGCACUCGUGAUUGCCCCCCCUGUAAUAGACCAUGUGAGAAUUGCUGUGUCCACAGUAAUUGUAUGAAACCAUGUGGACAGCCCUGUGCUCCAUGCAUUGAGCCUUGCGCAUGGCAGUGCCCUCAUCAAAGAUGCACUAAGCUUUGCCAUGAGCCAUGUGAUCGUCCACCAUGCACCCAACCCUGUGCCAAGACCCUGGAUUGUGGUCACCCAUGUAUAGGUCUGUGUGGAGACAAAUGUCCAAGCAAAUGUCGCGUCUGUAAUCACAAAGAAGUCACAGAAAUUUUGUUCGGCACUGAGGAUGAGCCUGACGCUUAUUUCAUUGAGCUUGAGGACUGUGGACAUAUCAUUGAAUACACAGCCAUGGAUCAAUAUAUGGGGAUGGAUGACAGUCAGCAGGUAAAUGAAGAAGUAGCCAUAAAACUAAAGGAAUGUCCCAGGUGUCGCACUCCUCUCCGCAAGAAUCUUCGCUAUGGAGCUCACAUUAAUCGCAGUCUGGCCGAGAUAGAGAUGGUAAAGGAGAAGAUAAAUGGGCAUCAGGUGGAUAUUGAAGAGCACAAGAAAGCUCUUAAAAAGCGGAUGGAGGAAAACCCCUUCUGUGACAUGCCUCUGCAAAAAACAUAUAUGCAGAUCGAACACAGACUGGAAAAGCGCUUUCUCACAGCAAAUGACCUGUGGAUUCUGGAAAACAAAAUGGAUUUCCUAAUAAGAAUUGCAAAGUUACUGGAGAUUGAGGAAGAACAGAAGUUGUUCACUAGGCUUAGGAAGAAUGUUACAGAGUUUGUGGACUGGCUCAGUGACCACCGCCUAAAAUUCACAGACCAGCAAGUCUAUGAUUUGCAGAGAGAGCUACAGAGACUUACCCUGCUGGCUAAUCUCAAUGCCCGUUGCCAUAUGGCAAACAAGAGAGGACAAGGUGACAAAAUUCAAUCUGAGGUACAAAAACUAAGAGAUGUUCUGGAAACAUUUGGCCAAUUCACUGAGCAAGAUGAACAGACAGUGAAAGAAGGCAUGAAAGAACUAGACGAUAAAUUUCCAGGACUAAAAGGGUUGGGGAUCAAUGAGGAGGAGAGACAGAUGAUUGUCUCGGCUAUGAAAAUGCCUCCUGGACACUGGCAUAAAUGUCCUAAUGGCCAUGUUUAUCUUAUAACAGAGUGUGGUGGAGCCAUGGAGAGUCGGCGCUGCCCUGAUUGUGAUGCUACUAUUGGUGGAGGCAAUCACACAUUGGCAAGUGGCAACCAGGUUGCCUCAGAGAUGGAUGGGGCACAGCACCCUGCUUGGUCUGAAGCCUACAACUUAGCAAACUUUAAUCGCCUUGACUUCUGAAAGCCAGUUUAUAGGCGUUUAUCAUUGCUGUUGCUUUUAUGGCCCCAACUGUUGACUGCAAAACCACAUUAUGAGCGGCAUUUGGCAAUAAUUUUAUAAUUUUUAGAAUUGCACUUCUAUAGAAAUGUUAACUACCUAAUGCACAAAAAAGAGUUCCUUCUCACUACUCCCUCUCCAUCCUAUGGAAGCCCGUUUCCACCAGUACAAAAAAAUUUUUUCUGAUCUACAAAGUCAUAAUUAUGAGAUAAAAAGUUGAAAUUUCAACUUAGUAAGUCAAAAUUAUGAGAUAAAAAGUCGAAAUUUUGACUUACCUAAGUCAUAAUUAUGAGAUAAAAAGUCAAAAUUUCGACUUACCUAAGUCAUAAUUGAGAUUUUUAACAUUUAACUUCAAGCAUUUCUCAAGGCAACAUUUCAGUGAAUUUUCCAAGGAGAUGGAUUGUGACUACAUUGAUGAUUACUUUAAGCGUGGCUUUACCACAGAGGAAAUACUUCAUUUACUCUCUGAUUCUCACGGGAUUGUACUAAGCAAGCGCACCCUUGAGAGGAUUUUAAGCAAGAAGCAGCUCUGGCGUCGAAAGAACAAAACCAGUGUGGCUGAUGUGGCAGCUUUCAUUGAACAGCAACUGGAAACAUCUGGUCAGUCUCAUGGUUAUAGAUGGAUGCACCAAAAAUGUUGGCUGCAUGGAAUUGUAACUGACAGAGAAACUGUUCGAAUUCUGCUCUGUUUAUUGGAUGGUGAAGGUGUUGAUCUGAGGUCGAGAAAUAGACUCAAAGGCGUGUUUAUCACAGCUGUGGUCCAAACUAUGUCUGGCACAUUGAUGGCUAUGAUAAGCUUAAGCCAUUUGGAAUUGCAAUAAGUGGAUGCAUUGAUGGGUUUUCAAGAAAGAUGAUCUGGCUUGAAGCUUACAAAACAAACAAUGACCCAAAGAUCAUUGCAGGCUACUACAUGGAUGCUGUAAUCAGCGCAGGUGGAUGUCCUGCCAGAGUCAGACUUGACUUAGGAACAGAAAAUGGAUAUGUUGCUGAGAUGCAGAGGUUUUUGCAUUUUUCUGAGACUCAAGCUGAAAGAGACAGUGUAACCUUUGGUCCAAGCACUGGAAAUCAGCGGAUUGAACGAUGGUGGCUGAUCUUGCGCAGUCAAUGUGUUCAGUUUUGGAUUGACCUCUUUGACAAACUAAGAGCAGAUGGCUACUUCUCAGACAACUUCUUGGACAAGUCCUUGGUCCAGUUCUGCUUUCUUCAAACAAUACAGGAAGAACUUAAUGAGGUUGUAUCAACUUGGAACAACCACAGAGUUCGUCAAGUACACAAUUCACGCUCACCUCAUGGACGCCCAUCCAUCUUGCAUGCUGUCCCUCAACUGUACGGAGGCAGAGUGUUUGCAUCAUGUGGACCUUGAGAAGGUUCGAGUCUGCCUGGAUGAGUGCAUGUUUAAGGACUUCCCAUGUGAUGAAGACGUGUUCCAUGUCUGCAUGGACUUAAUGUCAGAAUAUAAUAUGAAACUAUCAAAUGAUGUGUUUGAAACAGCUGACUUGUAUAUCAAACUCAGAUGAUAAACAGUGAACUAGAUCUUGGCCAUUAAAAGAUGUGGGUCCUUCUUACAUUAUAUAUUUAAGAAAAACACUUUGUUUACAAAGUAUAAACUAAUGUAAUGACUGUCAAAAUAGUAAGGCAUAUUGUAACCUUUGAUUUAUACAAUUGCAAUAAUAUUGUACUUAUGUUAGACAUGUCACACACGAUAUGUACAGUAUAUUUUCACAUCUUUAUAACAAGCUGUGAACACAAAUAGAUUACUGCCUUGUCUUUUGAGUGAUGUGUGAGGAGUAUGUAAAAAAAUAAAUAAA